ACAACAUAAACAAUGUUGAGCUAAAUUCCAAAAACCCAAACCUCCCUUCUCGUAUUUUCCAUAAAAUCACACACACACACUCUCUCUCACACACACACUUCCAUUCUCAUCAAAAUUUUGUUAACCCAAAAAACUCAGUCGGUUUUCACUAAUUAAAUUUCGCUCGAUCAUAAUUUUUGCACAUAAUUAAAUUACAAAAUUCUGUAUCUAUAUUUUUUCCUGUAAAUUUUGAGUAUUUUUUUUUAUAUAUUUUUGCGUAUUUUUGGGUUGCAUUUCCAUGGCUGCGGAGACAGCAGUGAUUGAGUCGGGUUCGGCUGCUGGUACCAAAUCUGAGUCGUUGAAUUCGGAACAACAAAAUGUGAAUUCUGAAUCUGUAGUUGUUGUUAACAGUGAGGUGAAGGAUUAUAAGGAUGUUGCAAAAUCUGAAUAUAAAAUGGAAGAUAUAGUUAACAUGUUGAAGAAACUCAAGUUGAAUCCACAGGCAAAAGAGUUUGUUCCUUCUUAUUGUUAUAGUAGUAAUAAUAAUAAUUAUCAUGGUGAUCAAAUGCUUUUGAACAACUUUAUGAUGCCUGUUAUGAAGAUUGUUGGUGGUACUGAUGAUUCUCGCAAUAAUGGAAAGAGAGGUAACAGCUGUAACCAGGGCAGAAGAAGAAUGAACAAUAGAGCUUUAAGGGCUCAAAGAGAAGAUAGCAUUAGGAGAACAGUAUAUGUUUCUGACAUCGAUCACAAUAUAACGGAAGAGCGUCUUGCUGCAUUAUUUAGCGCUUAUGGACAAGUUGUUGACUGCAGAGUUUGUGGUGAUCCCCACUCUCGCCUUCGCUUUGCCUUUGUGGAAUUCGCCGAUGAAUAUUCAGCAGGAGCAUCACUUAAUCUUUGUGGGACACUAGUAGGCUUCUCCCCUCUGAAGGUCCUUCCAUCAAAAACUGCUAUUCUACCUGUGAAUCCUACAUUCCUUCCUAGGUCUGAGGAUGAGCGUGAGAUGUGUGCCAGGACAGUCUACUGCACAAAUAUUGAUAAGAAGGUUUCGCAAGCUGAUGUCAAGAAUUUCUUUGAAACAAGAUGUGGUGAGGUGUCUCGCCUUAGGCUUUUGGGGGAUCAAGUGCAUUCUACCCGUAUUGCUUUUGUUGAAUUUGUUAUGGCUGAGAGUGCAAUUGUGGCAUUGGACUGUUGUGGACAGAUUUUGGGAUCCCAACCCAUCAGGGUGAGUCCUUCAAAGACACCUGUGAGGCCACGAGUUCCUCGUUCCAUGAUGCAUUAGGCAAUCCGUUGUUGCUAUCGAGGUCUGGAGAGAGUUGAGCACAAGCCCUCUUGGAAGACUUGAGGGCACGAUAGGAACGCGAAACAAAUGUCUGUUUCAGUAAUUUCCAUCUUUUUCGUCCCCCCAUUUCCUUUCAGCCCGUGGUAACUCUUUUUAUCACUACUGAAAAUGACUGUUGACCCUGUUUUUAGCUAAAGUUUUAACAGAGAUGUCACCACAUUUUAGUAGUUCUCUAUACUAUGCUUUUAUUAAUCA